AUGGAUGAGCAAGUAGACGGUAGGUAUCCUGGGGAUGAUUCUCGUCCAACAAGCAAAAAGGAGCUGGCAGGAUGGUAUUGCUAUGGCUGGGCAGCGGAGGUGUUCACAGCUUGUGCUAUGGGAUCCUUCCUCCCGAUCACCCUCGAGCAGAUGGCAAGGGAUCGAGGAGUCCUUCUUUCAAAUAAAGCGACACCAUGCAGUGCGACCUGGAGAACGACUCCUGUUGUACCUAGUCUGGCCUUGUCUUCUCCGAGCAGCCCACACUCUCCCGAGACUACGCAGUGUGUAGUAUAUAUCUUAGGGUUUCAAAUAAACACAGCCAGCUUUGCGAUGUACACAUUCUCAGUCAGUGUCUUAGUCCAGUCACUAUUAAUCAUCUCCAUGUCUGGAGCGGCGGAUCAUGGAGUCUACCGAAAGACAUAUCUCUUGGUCUUCGCUGUCGUCGGUGCGGUCUCAACCAUGCUCUUCCUGGCAGUUGUUCCGCAGGUUUAUCUCCUUGGCGCUUUAUUAGCAAUUGUAGCGAAUACCUGCUUUGGCGCCUCUUUUGUAUUACUCAAUUCAUUUCUACCUUUGCUUGUUCGUCAUCAUCCUUCCAUUCAAUCGACUCCGGCUGACCCUACGCACGAUGAUGGACAAUCCGCUGCUGCACCUCAGCAGCUUAGAUCUAGCCAGAGACGCCGGUCUAGUAGUCUGUCGUCAGUCACAUCGGCUCUACUUCAGAACAACCCUAAUCUGUCUACACACGACUCUUUAUUAAAAUCUCCCCAAACGUCGGCGGAGCUCCAGUUAUCGACGAGGAUAUCUUCCUACGGGAUUGGCAUUGGUUAUAUUGGGGCUGUUAUUCUCCAAAUUAUAUCCAUCUUUGUCGUGGCCGUCACGGGCUCAACAACAUUCUCCCUACGGCUCGUUCUCUUCGGAAUUGGGCUGUGGUGGUUACUCUUUACGAUACCUGCAGCUAUGUGGCUCCGUCCACGCCCCGGACCCCCGCUUUCCAGCUCGGUUCGAGGAGCCCAUACGUGGCAGUGGGUAAAUUAUAUUGUGUAUGCAUGGCAGUCUCUCGGUCGCACAGCUCUUCAAGUCCGUCAUCUCAAAGAUGUGCUUAUCUUUUUAGCUGCGUGGUUUCUCCUUUCCGAUGGUAUUGCCACGGUGAGCGGCACUGCUGUGUUAUUUGCCAAAACCCAGCUGGGUAUGAAGCUUGCCGCCCUUGGACUAAUCAACGUAAUAGCAAUGGUUUCCGGAGUGUGUGGUGCGUUUUUUUGGAACUAUCUGUCUCGUCGGUUGAACUUGCAAGCUUCGCAAACUAUCAUCGCCUGUAUUUGCGUUUUUGAGCUCAUACCUUUUUACGGACUUCUCGGAUUCAUCCCAUCAAUUAAAAAGCUGGGAGUCUUUGGGCUUCAGCAACCUUGGGAAAUGUACAUGCUAGGGGCGUUUUAUGGCGUUGUAAUGGGAGGAUUGUCAUCCUAUUGUCGAAGCUUUUUUGGCGAGUUAAUACCACCAGGGUUCGAGGCAUCCUUCUACUCAUUGUAUGCCAUCACCGAUAAGGGGUCGAGUAUUUUUGGUCCCGCGAUCGUCGGAAUGAUUACAGAUGCAUACGGAGAGAUUCGUCCUGCAUUUGGAUUUUUGGCCGUCGUCAUUUUGGUCCCAUUACCACUCAUGUUGCUUGUCGACGUAGACCGAGGGAAGCGGGAUGCUAAAGUUUUGGCUGAUAAGUUGGAAGGAAGGGAGCAGGAGGGUUAA